AUGAAGAGGUUCUCCGCCAAGACGAGGGCCGAGCAGGUUCUCGUGGGGAGAGUGGCAAGAAGGUUCAGCAUGGAAGACAUUGCAGACAUCAAAGACCAAUUCAUGCACGUAGAUAUAGAUAGAGACGGCAGCGUUACUCUCCAAGAAUUGGAGCAGGCCGUGGACAAGAUAAGGUCAGCGUCGGAUGGGGGCAUGUAUAGGAAGUCCAACUACUUGGUGGACGCGUUCCUGGGAGCGGAUGCUGAUUGCGAUGGAAAAGUAGACUACAUGGAAUUUGUGGCGGCGACCAUCAACCUGAGGCAGAGAUCUUUCCAAAACCCCUCCAAAGUGAAGCGGAAGGUCAGGGAGGCCUUCGAUGCCAUUGACACUAACGAAGAUGGCUACAUCGAUGCCGAGGAACUAGAAGUGGUGCGAGGGUGCAACUAA